CUUGUCUUCCCAUUACUUGACUCUUCCCAGUCUAGUUCCUGCAUCAAUCCACAUCCCAAUACCCACAAGUCCUCAUCCGAACCUGGGGAAACCCCACAAACGCACAAGCCGUCAUACCUCUUCUUGGUAUCCACCACCACAGUGACGUCUUCCGCAUUCAGGUCACACAUUACACAGUCACAAUCAUGUCGUUAAACUACUCUACCCAGUAUCACGCGGCUACUGGCGCGCUUCCCAUUCCUUCCGGAAAGGGACAGUACCCCACGUAUCCUACCUACUACAACAGCAAUGACAGCAACUACUCCGUCUCUCCUCCUGAGGAAUCCGAUCCGUCAGUGACUUCCGGAUCUGGCAUGGGUCAUUCCACCUAUUCCAUUCCCGCCUCUACCUACGCUGGAAGCAGCCAGGGAGAUUACGAGAGCGCGGGAUCUGCGAGUGGUAUCGAUCUGAACGAGUACAUGCAAGAUCGAUUUGCGGAUACGUUCUCGCCCAUCCCUCUUGACCGCUUGACGGUCGAGCAGGCCAAGAUCUCUGGCGGUCUGAACGCAAAGCACCGCGAGGUCCUCGAACUGCAGGCCAAGGCACAAGCACGUCUUGCGAGGACAAGGGCGCGAUUUGCCCAGGGGCUUGAAGAUGCCCAGGCGGUGCGGAAAGACCUCGAGUGGACACAGAAGAAAGUGACAGCUCUUUCAGCCAAGGCGGCAAAGAAGCACCCCAAGGAGUACAGCAAGGCGCGCGCACGUCACCCCUCUCCGGAUGCUUUCUAAACCAAUGCGGUCACAUUUGCAUCUGAAAACUAUUUCCCUUCAUCUUCUUUUCUUCGGAUUCAGCACAUAGGGAUUAUACUUGCACAUACCCCUUUUUCAUGUUUACUUUUUGCACAAAACGGGAAAAUGUCCUGGAGGUCUUUUGGAAUUCUCAGCCUUGCGGAAGAGAUGACGUUGGAAAAACCAUAUGAGACGCGGCAAAUUUAGCCGCGAUAUACGCCCAGCGG